AUGGCGGUAGACGCGGAAACACAGACCGGCAUCGAGCGUCUGUCUACGCCUUUCAAGCUCAGCCACGGUUACCCCAUGAGUCUCCUGCUGCCGUCCUCAAGGUGUUGUGGAACACAGGACACCUACACGAGUGCGUAUGGGCGUAGUCACUAUACACGCGCACGAACGCAUGGUGCACCUACUGCGCGGAUAUUGGAGCUUGGACACACGGCCGGCCUCACGCGGUUGGUAGCGAGGGCCUGUCGUACACCCCCCCCUACGUCACCGCUGACAGAAGAGGCCGCAGUCUUCCUACUCCGCUAUCGGCCUCCAGGCCGCCAGAUAGGGAAGUGUACCUUUCUUCUGGCUGCGAAAGCCUGGCUGGAGAGCUGCGGUCAUCGUGUGGUCCUGCUGUUGCAUGUUCGUCUGCGUAUACGGUGGAGGCACAGAUCCGGAGAGAGCGGACCAGAGCAAUAUAAACCGCGACUUCGGGUGGCGGUCGGCCCACAACUUCGCGCAUACAUCGUGCAGAUACGUGCUGGCUUCCCAUCACUGUGCACAGCGGAACUUCGUGGAUCCAAAGCGAAUGAGUAG